AUGUCGACAACAAUGGCCGAUGACAGUCGCCUCACGGACGAGUUGCGCAAAUUGCAAGCAAACAAUAUCGCGCUCUUCAACAACUCGCAAUACUCGGACCUGACCGUCAUUUGCGAUGACAGCUCUUGGAAGGUUCAUAAGUGCAUUGUAUGUCCACGCUCCGCCUACUUCGCCAAAGCAUGUGACGGCGGAUUCAAGGACGCUUCUGAUGGCUCUAUCACCUUACUCGAAGACGACUGCUUCGCUGUGCACGCUAUGCUCAACUUCCUCUAUAGCGCGGACUACGACGACCAGGAUGAUGGCGAAGGUGCGCCCGUUCUGCUGAAUUUGUUUGUUCAUACGCUUGCCGACAAGUACGAUAUCCCGGCACUGACUGAACUGGCAACUGCCAAAUUCUACACUUGCGCCGAACCGGAUUGGCGUUCUAAAGGCUUUGCCGAUGCCGUCGAGGAAAUCUACACAGUCUCGCACGACACCAAGCAGGAUCUGCGAAGCCACGUUGUCGAGAUCUGCGCAAAAAACGCUGUGGAGCUCUUUGGAGUGCUAGAAGAGGGUCAUGAGUUGGUGAAGCUCAGAUCCGUUGCAGACAACGUACCACGCUUCGGUGCUGACGUGGCCGCWCGUAUGGUCACCACUCUUUUGUUGCCUUUAGCCAAGAAGCUGCAGGGAAAUGCAGUAAGCCCAGACCGGUCGUCGUUGUUCGGCUCUCAAUCUUUCAACGGAGUGCGAAAAGCUAGUUUCAGCGAUGCAGGACGAGACAUGUAUGCGCAUUGGGAUGGGGGAAACAUCUUCUGA